CCUAAUUUGGCCCCCUCCCCACCCCUUUGGUAGCUGUAAGUUUGCUUUCUACAUUUGUGAGUACAUUAAUAUCUUUUGAUAUGCUAUAAUAUUCUGCAGAAAACAGCCAAAUUAUUUGCACAGUAAAAUCUUAGGUCUGAAAUAAUACUAGGAUCUGCUAAUUUGUCCCAAUUUACUCAAUAGCUAAAAUCAAAUGCAUGUAUUCAAUCAGCCUUAUGCAAAAUUGUCACAUCUUGAAAAGCGAAUCUUGUACUAAGCUUCUACAUAUCUUAAUCUAAAACCAAUAUAUUGACACAAGUGAUUUCUAACAAUUUUAAAACUUUGGUUCAGUUUUUGAUAUGUAUGCUGCCUGCUGAUAUGGGAAAAGAAAGACCAAGCCCUUCCCCACCCCCACCUUGUUAUUCUCUUGGGGACAGCCAGACCACUCCAGAUGGUGUGUUAGUGUAGGACAUAGCUUUGGAGAAACUUCCAACAGACGAAGGCUGUAAUGUCAGGAUUUUGCUUUGCGUCGUCCCCCUUUCCCCCCCUGCAGUUCCCAGGGUAGGAAGGUGCUGAGAUGGAAGCCGAGGGACGCCCGCCCACCUGCCACCACCUGUUCCCUCCUUCAGCCUUCUGCUAUAAAUUCUCCUUCAAAGAUUCACCCGGCACUUUUCCGACAACUACUGCGGAAGAGGCGCUCCUUUCCUAUCUAAGCUUCGGGAAAGAUUUCGUCUUCCUGAAAAGAAGUCUUGGGCUUUCCCGGAGGACUUGAGAGACCUUCCCCGAAUCAGCCACACCAAUUCUGCUGCAAGAAGGUUCCCUUCUCGUUAUCAGUUUCAUGUUGGGAAAAUGACUUCUCUUCAGCAUCCCAAUUUCCCCUAAAUUUUGGCAAGUGAAGACAUCAGUCCAGUCUGGCUAUCCAGUAGGACAAAGGGCGGAGCCCCGCACUCCCCGCUGCAGACUUAGAUUCCACGCGGGCUGCUUUUUGCAUGACUUAUUUGUUAAGAGGAACCAAGUUGCGGAGCGACUCCAUACACCAACCCACACGCAGGUCCUGAGCUGACAAGUGAGAUCUGCGCCUCCCUCCUUCCGGCGGGGGAUGAAGUCGUGCAAACCCUGCAAUCCGGCGGCGGCGGCGGGAGCGCGUGCCGCGCCCCCGUGCACGGGUGGCGCAGCCGAAUGCGCGGGCACGUGCGCAGGGGCUGGGCGGCUGGAGAGUGCGGCGCGCAGGCGCCUAGCGGCCAACGCGCGUGAGCGCCGCCGCAUGCAGGGUCUCAACACGGCUUUCGACCGCCUGCGCAGGGUGGUACCCCAGUGGGGCCAGGAUAAAAAGCUGUCCAAGUACGAGACCCUGCAGAUGGCGCUGAGCUACAUCAUGGCUCUGACCCGCAUCCUGGCUGAGGCCGAGCGAUUCGGCUCGGAGCGGGACUGGGUCAAUCUCCAUUGUGAGCACUUCGGUCGAGACCACUACCUUCCGUUCGCGGGCGCGAAGCUGCCAGGCGAGAGCGAGCCGUACGGCCAAAGGCUCUUCGGCUUCCAGCCCGAGUCCUUCCAGAUGGCCAGUUAGGGCGCGGCCUCGCGGGAAUGGGACUCUCAAUGAUUGCGCUCCGGAGAUACAGCCUUUUCCCCCAAGAAGCCGCUCGGGCCUUCGGUGGGGCGUAGGAUGUAUUCUUAGAACAAAAUUAGCAAACUUCCAGGUUACUUUCAUUUGCAUCCUCGGUCUAAUGGACGCAAUGCCUUUUUUCCCUCCUUAGUAUGUUGUAGAUUUCAUUAAUGGAAUAGUUUUGAUUGUUGAGACUAAUGCCCCCUCCCCCUUUCCUGGACUACUUUGAGGGAAAACAAUCUAAAAAAAAAAAAAAGGAUUAGAUUAUACUGCAGGUUUAGUCCUCAGCGAAAUAAUCACUUUCUUAGAUUUUGUAAAUUUGUCCUCUUAGGGUGAAGUUACAAUAUCUAUUACUUGUGUUUGCUUAAUGCAGAGCUGCCUUCCUGUCUUGUAAGAGCAGUAUGCUUAGUGUAUUGUGUGUGUGUGUGUGUGUGUGUGCAUGAAGUAGUCAGACAUUUUUCUUUCUUUCUUUUCUUCGUAGAGUACAUGGGCGUAAGUGCUCAGUAUUUUUUAAAAACUGUGUAUCCAUUAUUAAAGUAGAUUUUGUAAAAUAUAAUUAAAAACGUGGGUUUCUUUUUCAUGCCAAGUUUCCUGAUGGCACUAAGGGCCUGUUUGGGGGGUGAUAAUAUUGAGUGCUUCCCUGAGUAAAGAUGCGGAGUGUUUAAAUCUAAUCCCACCGGUUGGCAAAAGUGCUGUUUUUGAAUACUUCAAAAAACGACAAGCUGAUGAGA